ACGGGACAGAAGAAGAAGUGUGUGUGUGUGUGCUGUGAGAUGCCCUUGGAGGUGGCCUGGCCCUUCCCACAAUGCCCUCGCCUGGGCUGGAGGCUCUCCAGCAGGGUCAUCACGGGGAUGGUGGGCUCCUACAGUUACCUCUGGACCAAGUAUUUCAACUCUCUGAUGGUGCACAACCCGGGUGUGUUGCUGGACCUGGUGGACGAGCGUCCUCGGGACACGCCACUCAUCACCCUGUGCAAUCACCAGUCCUGUAUGGACGACCCGCACCUCUGGGGAGUCCUGAAGCUCCGGCAGCUGUGGAACUGCAACAGGAUGAGAUGGGCACCUGCUGCCUCUGAUAUCUGUUUCACGAGAGAGUUCCACUCCCGCUUCUUCAGCAGAGGGAAAUGUGUGCCUGUUGUUCGAGGAGAUGGAGUCUAUCAGAAGGGAAUGGAUUUCCUGUUGGAAAAGCUGAAUCAAGGGGAAUGGGUACAUAUAUUCCCAGAGGGUAAAGUGAACAUGACUGGAGACUUCAUGAGGAUAAAAUGGGGAAUUGGACGUUUGAUUGCAGAGUGCUCUCUUCACCCAAUCAUUUUACCUAUGUGGCAUAUAGGUCUGAAUGAUGUCCUGCCAAAUCAAGCUCCAUACAUUCCUCGAGUGGGACAGCGAAUAACUGUUCUCGUUGGAAAACCCUUCACAGUCAGACAUCUGGUGAACGCGCUGAGAGCGGAAAACACCAGUCCGAUGGAAAUGCGGAAAACGGUGACAGACUUUAUUCAGGGGGAAUUCCUCGGUUUGAAAGCCCAGGCGGAAGCUCUUCAUCACAGGAUACAGAACUGCACAUAACGGUGAGGAACUCGUCUCCGGACACAUCGCCCUUCAGCUAACCCUGGCCUUACCACUCUAGAGCAUACACACAGAGCAGGAGAUACACGCCCAGAGGUUCACGUGAUGUGUGUC